AUGCCCUGCCUAUCCACCCAACCCACUUCCGAAUCCUCCCUCCCCGCCCCCUCCUCCUCUUCCAAGGCCGACCCCGGCCCCCAACAAAUCUCUAUGCGUUCCCUCAUCGUGACGCAGGAUGCUAGUAUCAUCAUCGGCCGCGGAGGUGCUCACGUCAACGAAAUCCGGGACAAGUCCUCUGCCCGAGUGACCGUCUCCGAAUCCAUCCCCGGCAACCCCGAACGCAUCCUGAACGUAUCUGGCCCCCUCGACGCCGUCGCCAAAGCCUUCGGCCUCAUCGUCCGCCGCAUCAACGACGAACCCUUCGACGUCCCCUCCGUCCCCGGCUCCCGCGCCGUCACCAUCAAAUUCAUCAUCCCCAACUCGCGCAUGGGCUCCGUCAUCGGCAAAGGCGGGUCCAAAAUCAAGGAAAUCCAAGAAGCCUCGGGCGCGCGUCUGAACGCUUCUGAAGCGAUGUUGCCGGGGAGCACGGAGCGGGUCUUGUCGGUGAGCGGGGUGGCGGAUGCGGUGCAUAUCGCGGUGUACUAUAUCGGCACGAUCUUGUUGGAGUAUCAGGAAAAGUUUCCCGCGCAGGGCGGGGGGUCGUAUCGACAGUCGAGUGGGGGCGAGCGGGAACGGAGGGGACCGCCCCCGGCGUUUAGCCCGAGUGCGCCGCCUCCUCCGGGGAUGCAGCAACAGCAGAUCUUUAUUCCCAACGCCUUUGUCGGUGCCAUCAUCGGCCGGGCGGGAGCCAAAAUCAACGAAAUCCGAACCCAAUCCGCCUGCCAAAUCCGCGUCACCGACCCAGGAUCUACCCUGCCAGACGGUCCUCCUGCAAACCCCGAAGAAAGGCUGGUGGUGAUCACGGGGUACCCUGAGAAUAUCCAGAGCGCCAUUACGCUCUUGUACAGUAGGGUUGAGGCGGAGAGGGAAAAGCUCGCUAGUGAGGGCAUGUAA